UGUGGCGGCGGCGGCGAAGCAGCAGCAGGCGCAGACGGAGGCUUGGCGCGCUCGGCUUCUCUUCCCAAGCUGCAGGGCGCGCGGCUGGGGCCCGGGAGGGUGCGUGACAGCCGAAGGUGAAGUAUGUGUGCAGAACUCCAACGCAAAAAGUUUAAGAAAAGCGAACCUUUUCCAGCAAGUACAUCUGAAGGAGGUGCAGCAAGGAGCAAUUUUCAGCUCACCUUGAAAAAUUGUGCCCAUAAGUGCCAAGCUGACCUGAAAAGGAACUAGCUGGGAGUCUAUACAUAGAUAAAAGUCUACUCUUCUGAAAUUUCACUGAUUAAAUGUAAAAGACGUACAUACAGCCUCAGCUGUAGAGCCACAGAUUCUGGUGCUUCUUAUGUGUUUGUGUUACAGUCCUUCUAACUGACACGUUACUUCCCCUGUUUAUAACUUCUUUCGCUGUAUAUACAAUAAAACCGAGUAGCACUGUGUUGCUGUUAUUCGCCAUAAUAAUUGAAUGUUAAGACCUUUGCCAAAAUGAGUGCAGAAGGAUACCAGUACAGAGCUUUGUAUGAUUACAAAAAAGAACGAGAGGAAGACAUUGACUUGCACCUGGGAGAUAUUUUAACUGUGAAUAAAGGUACUUUAGUUGCCCUUGGAUUCAAUGACGGGGAAGAAGAAAAACCUGAGGAAAUUGGUUGGCUGAAUGGUUACAACGAAACUACUGGAGAAAGGGGGGACUUCCCAGGAACUUACGUAGAAUAUAUCGGAAGAAAAAAGAUUUGUCCCCCAACUCCAAAGCCUCGUCCUGUUCGACCCCUUCCUGUGGCACCAAGUCCGGCAAGAGUAGGAACAGACAAUGAUCAACCAGCUUUUACACUUCCAGAUCUUUCAGAGCAGUUUUCGCCACCUGAAAAGGCAGCUCCUCUUCUUAUCAAGUUAGUGGAAGCCAUUGAAAGAAAAGGUCUGGAAUGUUCAACGCUAUACAGGUCACAUGGAUCAAGCAGUACUGGUGAACUGAGACAAAUUACUGAGUGUGAUUUUUCUGCAGUGGAUUUUGAUGCCAUCGAUCUGCAGGUUUUAUCAGAUGCUUUGAAGAGGUACUUUGUGGACUUGCCAAAUCCCGUCAUUCCAGCAUCUGUUUACAAUGAAAUGAUUUCUAUAGCACAAGAAGUGCAAAACUCAGAGGAAUAUGCUCAAGUGCUGAAGAGGCUCAUCAGAUCUCCUAAUAUACCUCAACAGUAUUGGCUCACACUCCAGUAUCUACUCAAACAUUUCUCCAGACUUUGCCAGAACUCUACCAAAAACCUUUUGAAUGCAAGGUCCCUAGCUGAAAUUUUCAGCUUUCUGCUCUUCAGGACCCAGGUAGCAAGCUCUGACAGUCCUGAACAUCACAUAAAAAUCCUGGAAGUGUUAAUUGCAAGUGAAUGGAAUGAAAGACAACCUGCACCAGCACUGCCUCCUAAACCUCCAAAGCCUAAUACUGUAGCAAAUAACGGUAUGAACAACAACAUGUCUCUGCAAGAUGCUGAAUGGUACUGGGGAGAUAUCUCAAGGGAAGAAGUGAAUGAGAAGCUUCGUGAUACAGCUGAUGGCACCUUCUUGGUACGAGAUGCCUCCACCAAAAUGCAUGGAGACUAUACGCUUACACUAAGGAAGGGAGGAAAUAAUAAAUUAAUCAAAAUAUUUCACCGAGAUGGGAAAUACGGCUUUUCGGAUCCAUUAACGUUCAAUUCCGUUGUUGAGCUAAUAAACCACUACCGGAACGAGUCUUUAGCCCAGUAUAAUCCAAAGCUGGAUGUUAAAUUGCUUUACCCGGUAUCCAAGUAUCAACAGGAUCAAGUGGUUAAAGAGGAUAGCAUUGAAGCAGUUGGGAAGAAAUUGCAUGAAUAUAAUAUCCAAUUCCAGGAGAAGAACAGAGAGUAUGACAGACUCUAUGAAGACUACACAAGAACAUCUCAGGAAAUUCAAAUGAAAAGAACUGCUAUUGAAGCAUUUAAUGAAACCAUAAAAAUAUUUGAAGAGCAGUGCCAAACACAGGAAAGAUACAGCAAAGAAUAUAUUGAAAAGUUCAAACGGGAAGGAAAUGAGAAAGAAAUACAAAGAAUUAUGCAUAACUAUGAAAAGCUGAAAUCUCGAAUCAGUGAAAUUGUGGACAGUCGGCAUAGACUGGAGGAGGAUUUGAAGAAGCAAGCUGCUGAAUACAGGGAGAUAGACAAACGCAUGAACAGCAUUAAACCAGACCUUAUACAGCUCAGAAAGACCAGAGAUCAGUACUUGAUGUGGCUGACUCAGAAGGGAGUUCGGCAAAAGAAACUGAAUGAAUGGCUUGGCAAUGAAAAUACAGAAGAGCAAUAUUCUAUGGUGGAAGAUGAUGAGGAUUUGCCUCAUCAUGAUGAGCGAACAUGGAAUGUAGGAAAUAUCAACAGAGGCCAAGCAGAAAAUUUGCUGCGUGGGAAAAGGGAUGGCACAUUCCUUAUUCGGGAAAGUAGCAAGCCGGGUUGCUCUGCGUGCUCUGUUGUUGUGGAUGGUGAAGUGAAGCAUUGUGUUAUCAACGAAACACCCACUGGGUUUGGAUUUGCAGAGCCAUAUAACUUGUACAACUCGCUGAAAGAACUGGUGCUACAUUAUCAACACACAUCGCUGGUGCAACACAAUGACUCUCUCAAUGUCACACUAGCCUAUCCAGUAUAUGCACAGCAGAGGCGAUGAAGAUGUUAAUAAUACUCUGGGGUUUGUCUCUUUCUAUUGAAACACCCACAAAGAUCAUUCAACAAUCUUGAGGCCUCUGGGUAGAGAAUGCUCUUGAGUUGGAGCUGAAGUGUCAAAGCCAUCUGUCUUCAGAUGGGACUGAAGCUUUUUCUUCGCAACCGCAGUGGGAGAGAAUGCAGUUUUUAAGAGCUGCGAACACACAUUUCUAAUCUAAAGUGCUUUCUUUUUUAGAGGAGAAAAAAAAAAACUAAGCAGAAGGCAAAACACAUCAAAAGAGAAGUGCUAUACCUGUCUCCCUGCAGGGACAUAGAGGCCUUUAACCAUGGUGCUUGUCGGCCACCUCAUCAAAGCUUUAAGAGCUCAAAUGUUGGAACUCUGAAGACUCCCAAAGUGCAGCAGGGGCUGUGUAAAGUAGCAUCAGAAUUUCUCCGUUGCGACUUGGGCGAUGUGGUUGCGCACAGAGGAUGCGGAUUGCCAGUUUUGUGGAUUGCUGGUUUUCUGGCGAAUGAUAUGUAGCAGAACGGCACUUUCACGUUUUAAGGGACACUUUAGAAGACACUUUAAAACAGACGUGGGUAACAUAAGUGCCAGGAAGUGUUUUUGUUUAGACAUUUAAAUUCCUGUUUUGAGAAGAUAUUUAAGACUGAAUAAAACUGGACUUUUAUGGCAUACAGUAUAUAUAAUAUGUACAUAGUUCCAGAUGACUAAAUAUCAUAGAUGGAUACUGUCAAUACCAAACUCAUUCUGUUCACUAUUUGUUUCACUGAAAGCUAAAUCCUUACACUGCUAUGCAAUACUUCAUUUUCUAUAGGCUGUAUUUGUUCAAGUGUAACUAGAGGAUAAGCUUUUUUAUUUUCUUUCCCCCCCCCCCUUUUUUCAUCUCAAAAUGUUCCCUUAAUACAUAUUUUGGUGUUAUUUUUUCAGUUCGUUCAUUAUUUCCUCGGCCAUUUUUAAAAAAUUAAUGUGCAGGAUGUCAGUAAAAGUUGGUUUAAGAAUUAAAACUAUGAACUAUUUUAACAGGGUCCCGUCCCGUCCCCCCGUCCCCCGCCUCACUUUGUAUAGAGAAUUGGGCUGCUAGCUCAAGGUUAAAAUUCAAGAUUUCCUUCUUGACUAAAUAUUUUGUUGGGCAGUGCCUGAUAAGCUUCAAAGCUGCUUUAUUCAAUAAAAGAAUAUAUGAAAAUUGCAAAGUA